UUAGAUCAAAGCAGAAGGACCCAGAUGCGAUCGCGCAUUCCUGAGGAGAGAGCGCGCGCGAUGGAGAGCGCGCAAUAUCGAUCUCUCGCGUAGCUCCUCCUGCUGAUCACACUUAAUAUUCGGUCAUGUGAACAAACAGCGUCCAGAAAGGCGCUAUAUAAACCUACAGCUCAUCUAUCUGAGGACACUGACUGCUUCAGCACACUUGAAGACACUUGAGAGGACCGCGGCGCAGCUGUCAUAAUGUCUCACGGAUGGGGAUACGCAGACCAUAAUGGACCUCAGAAAUGGUGUGAAAACUUCCCGAUCGCUAAUGGACCUCGCCAGUCUCCGAUAGACAUUCAAACCGAUGGAGCGUCCCAUGAUGAUGAACUGAAGCCGCUUAAACUGCAGUACGACCCCUCCACUUCCCUGGACAUCCUGAAUAAUGGACACUCUUUCCAAGUGACCUUCGCUGAUGAUAACGACAGCUCAACACUGACAGAAGGCCCGAUCUCAGGCAAAUAUAGACUUAAACAGUUCCACUUCCACUGGGGAGCUAGUGACGACAAAGGCUCCGAGCACACAGUCGAUGGGAAAUGUUACCCAGCCGAGCUCCAUCUGGUCCACUGGAACACAAAAUAUCCCAGCUUUGCGGAAGCAGCUGAUAAGUCUGAUGGCCUUGCUGUGGUUGGAGUUUUUCUGGAGAUCGGUGCAGACAAUCCUAAGCUUCAGAAGGUUCUGGAUGCUAUGGAUGCUAUCAAGUCCAAGGGAAAGCAGACCUCAUUCACAAACUUUGACCCAGCCGUCCUGCUCCCGGAAUCUCUGGAUUACUGGACGUACCCGGGGUCUCUGACCACACCCCCUCUGUACGAGAGCGUCACAUGGAUUGUCUGCAAGCAAACAAUCAGCGUUAGCUCUGCGCAGAUGAAAAUAUUCCGAUCUCUGCUUUUUACGGCAGAGGAAGAGGAGGCCUGCUGCAUGGUGGAUAACUACCGCCCACCUCAGCCUCUUAAAGGUCGUAAGGUCUGCGCAUCUUUCAAGUGAAGGAUCCCCCGGACCUCGCCACCCCUUCCCUCCCUUCCUUAGUGGGAUGUGCAAACGCGGGGCCCCGGGCCAAGGGCCUCAAAGCACCUUCACCCUCCAUGCAGUGAUGCUGGGCAACCUGCCAGCUGUUCAGCAGAACAGAUGUGCUGCUUGGAGAGUAAAGCGGCUAGGCAGGGAAACGUGCGUUUGUACUGUCCCUCUCUCUUUCUUUCUGCUUCAUUCUCUCUGGUUCAUUCUUUUAGCGCAAAUGCUUGAAUUAUCUGGAUUUAGAACGUGUGCCAACUUUGUGAUGCUCUGAUAUACAUAUGUGAUGCAUAGACAAACAAAACAAGAGAAGUAAUAUAUACAUGGGAUAUUUAAUGCAGAAACGGGGUAUUUAAGUAUAUUUGUAUUGGUCUGAGAAUAGGCCAGAUUAAAGCGCAGGGGUACAGCCGAUACCCGAACGCAAGCCAUCUGUGCCGGCUGCUGCUGUCCUUCCCUGCCAGGCUGUAAUCUCUGGCUGUCUCAGCAGUGCCGGAGCUUAAUGAAACCCAGUGCACUUCGCUGCAAGAUCUAGAAAAUCCCCAUUGCAAAUGAACGCACGUGGCAAAAUGUCCAUGUGGACACGCCGGGAAACCACGCACAAAAUCUAGCACGUACUGUACAAUCAGAGCAGCUUUGGUUUGGAGUAUUUGUGCCUCAGAUGAUUGUAAUUGCAUAUUCCUUUGUGUGUUUCUGAAAGAUGUCAUUUAUAGCAAUUGCUAUGCACAAGAUUUCAGCUUAAAAGUAGUAGCAAUAAUUGCAUGAAACCCAUAUAACUCAAUAACUGUUUUGCUAAAUGCUAUGCUUUAAUCGUGGAAUGUGAGUGAAAUUCGUCUAUUCAGCUGUAUUGCACAGCGAUGCACAAGCCGUGUCAAGCAACACGGUGAGUCUUUAUAGAAGCCAACAUGCCAAUCAAUAAAUCUUGCCGUUUAAGCAAGGAAGGUCACCAUCAGCUCCUCUGAAGCACUGGGACUAUGGGCUUAUGUAUGUUAUACAUUUGUAAAGACAAUGGGUUUGAAAUAUGUGUAACUGAGUAAUUUACUUGAAUUCCAGGGCUAUGUUUAGCAAUAUUGUUCAGCCAUACUCUAUUUUCAAGAGGCCAUUUUAAAUAAAGAUAUUUUAUGCUUA